AUGGUGUGCAAUAUUUCAGCGAAUCAUACAAUGCAGUGGGCUCUGAUUGGGAUGUCCAUCCCAGUGUUUCUACUGGGAUUAAUAUUCAAUGCAAUGACCCUGUGGGCAUUCUGCUGGAAGAUCAGGAAAUGGACAGAGACUAUCAUUUAUGUGACAAACCUGGCUGUUUCGGACAGUGUACUACUCCUGUCUUUACCCUUCAAGAUGUACAGCUACAAGCCACCCAGGAAGCUUGACUCAGGCCUCUGUGCACUUGGCGAAUUGUUGUAUUUUGUGAACAUGUACGUGAGCAUCUACAUCACUGUCUGCAUCAGCAUGGAUCGAUAUGUCGCAGUAAAGCACCCACUUAAAGCAAAACGCUUAAGGUCACCAAUGAAGGCUGCAAUUGCAUGCGUUGCAAUUUGGACUUUUGUCUGUUUGAUCGGAAUUAUCCUGCAAAUAAAAUUUACUGUUGAAAAUGAAAAGACUGAGUUUUGCUUUCUGAAAAAGAAUGAGAAGCCCACCAGCAUCUGGAUUAUUAUUGCCAUUGAACUAAUUGGAUUUAUAAUUCCUUCUUGUAUUUUGAGCUUUUGCUCAUUUCAGAUCAUCAUGACUCUCUGCAAGAAAAGCAAAGGAUCCCAGGGAAACUUAGCUUUCAGCCGAAGCAUCAUAAUCGUCGCUUCAAAUCUAAUCAUCUUUUUUAUUUGCUUCAUGCCUUUUCACGUAGGAUUAUUGAUUCAGUUCUUGUUGGAGACGUUAUGGAACAAUUGUGAAAUGCUGAAAAAUGUGCGCAAUUUUAUUAGUGUGUCCACAUGUAUGGCUAGUAUGAACUGCUGCCUGGAUGCAAUUAUUUAUUAUUUUGCUUCAUCAGAGGUUGCUCAGGUCUUCAACUUCCUGAGGCAGCUGAGUUUUACGCAAAUAACUGGGAUUUCAAAUUUUGCCGACUUUAAACAAAAGGUUAUUGGUCCCUAG